AUGAGUGAUCACCCUCCAUCCGAAUUGCCAUCGAUUACUGGCAAAAGUGGAUCAAGGGGUAGAUUAAUUACUCCAACAGUACGAAAUAGGAACAAAAAUGAAGAGAAAAAACUCUUCCAAACUAAUGAUCUCGAAAAUAGAUCUCUAAGUUUUGAUAUUGGUGCUCCAGCUUAUGAUACAGGAGAUGUAUUUUUGGAGGAGCAAAACAGAGGUCUAUACGCAUUUCGGAAUAUGACAGCAAAAGGCUCUCGAAAUUCAACAAAAACACCAUCACAACCUCGUGCAAAGACAGCAAUGGGCAAUAGCUCAGUAUUAGUUCGAUCAAUUAAACGUCCGCAAACAGGAAAUCCGAAAGUAUUAACACUAGAACGCGCAAAACAAUAUAACGAAUUAGAAAAACUUACAAUCGACUUCAAAGAAGAUCCUAUGGCUUACUUUUCUAAGAGAAAAGACGGAAGAGGCCAUAGAUUUAUUUAUUUAACAUAUAAAACAGAUCCUCAAGAUCCAAAUUUCAAUCCUUACGAUUUACAAAAGGUCCCAUUCAGUCAAUGCGGAAAAGACUACUUCAUGAUGUCUGCUACAGGUGUUACUCAUUACGUAGAUAAAGACAGUACUGAUACAAUUCCAUUAGAUCAGUGGUCAAGUGAAAGUUCUAACUUUAUGGCCAUCAGAAAGCUUAAAUUCUUCGCGCAGUACUUUUACUGGAAGUCAUUUCGAACAUGGAAGCAGUACGUAAUGGAACAAAGACAUGGAUCUGUUUCAAACGUCGUUAUUACAAAGCCAUUCUUCCGAAAUAAGAAUUUUGUUGGAAAUUUAAUUAAUGAUGGCUUCGAAAUCGAAAAAUUAAAUCAAUUCAUUGACAAAUAUUUAAUAACUCUCGGUGUUCCAUCGCAAAGUUAUCGUGUCGAUGCAUUUAAAGCAAUGAAUAAAGCAAGCCAAGAAGAAUUAAAGAAUAAUUUUUCGACUUACAUGUCUAAUGUCGUUACAAAGAUCAAAAAUCUUUACGCAACAAUAUCAGAUCCGAAAUUAGUACAAGUCUUUGAUACAGAUUUCCAAAAAGAAUCACGUCGUCGCAAUCCAAACCUCAACCAAUCAAUUAUGCUUGAGAGAAGAAAAGCAGCUUUAAGAGCACAAAAAACAGAAAAAGUGAACCAAGAAAUCAUGAAUCUCGGAAGUUAUAUAAGGAUCAUUGAUUACAUGGUAUUAGAAGCUUUAACGGCAGGUUGCAUUAAGACAUGGCAUGCUGUUGAUAGCAAAAUUUCACAAGAUUUGAGUUCAAUUUUUUCUGUUGAAGUUUACUUUACAAAUAAAGGUGAAGUUGACUUGAAACCAACGAAAAAAGAGCUUUUAGAAGCAGUUUCAAAGGUAUUGGAUGAUUCCAUCAAAGUAUUGAGUGAAUUACCACGUGUCAUCAAGCAGAACCAGUUGUUGCCACAUUUAAGAGAUGGUGGUGUUGAUAUUUUAACUUUGUAUAAUGAUGGACCAACACUUUAUCAAAUGGUCAGAUGCACAAAUGAAGUUAAUGACAUUGAGAAACACAUCAUGUCAAUUUUAGGAGCCAAUUUCGAUGAAGCAAUUACAUAUUCACAAACAACAUUUUCUGAAUAUUUUCCAAUUUAUCAACUCGCACAAACAUGGAAAGCCAGUGAUUAUUUAAUGACAAGAGAUGGAAAACCAUAUAAAGGAUCAUUAAAUGCUGCUGACAGGAAAGGUCCAAUUGAUCAAUUCCUUUUGGAAUUCAACAAUGAACCAAUCAUUGAUUUCGUUAAAGUCCAAAAUGACAUGAAUCACUUCAAAUCACAAGUUGUCAAUGUCCAGAAAUUACCAUUGUCUGGUGCAAGAGGAGCAAUUAUCAUUGAUUCUCAUGAAGUGAAAGAAUUCCUUGAACCUGUUUUGCACAACACAAUUGACUCAUUAAACAAAAUGUUGAAGAGUUUGGUAACAAUGAAAGUCGAACUCAUUGAACAAACUCUCAAAAUGUAUAUGGUAGAACUAUUGAAAGAACCACAUACAUUGCAACAUUACGUCAAAUUGUGCGAACUUAUCCAGAAAACAACAACUGUUACUCCGAAUAUCGAAAAAGAAUUGAAUUUCAUUGAAAAAUCAUAUGACAUGUUUGAUCAUUUCGGAUUGGAAUACGAACGAAACACAUUGCAAUCAACAUUCAACCAAUUCAAAGCUGAUCAAGCAGCAGCAAAGACAAUGAAAGAUGCUCAUUUUGAAUCAUUUGUCAAGCCAUUGAAUGCAAAAGUCAAAGAAUUGGAAGAAAAAUUACAAUUAUUCUACGAAAAAGCAACAUCUUUACCAUCAAGUAUCAAAGAUGCCAAUGUUGAUGAACAAUAUCCAGCUGCUAAAGCUCUCAAUCAACAGAUUUUGAACACAAGAGUUGAUGUCGACCAAAUUUUGUAUUAUCAAAAAACAAUUGGCGCAAACAUCACAAAUCUUGACUUAUUCAAUGCUGUUGUUGAUGUUUCCGUAUUUGCUGUGAAAUUAUAUGAAUCAUUACAAGUAUGGAAUACAAUCUCUGCAAAGAUGAGAAAUACUCCUUUGACAACAAUAGAUAUCGAAGAUUUCAAGACAACAGUUAAUAAUUUAUUGAAUACUGUCACUGAGUUAUCAAACUCUGCAAAGAUAACUUACAAUAUUUUGGUCGAAUUGAUGUCAUGCGUACAAGAAACAUAUGAAUAUUUGAACGAAUUGGAGUUGAUUGUCAAUGGCAGAAUGAGACAACAAAACUGGAUUGCUUUGUUCAAGGCAACAGGAAAUCCACCAUCUCAAUACCACGAAAAUAUUACAAUCAACGAAUUGGCAAAGCUCGGAAUCCUCAAGGCAAAGGACAAAAUUGCAGAAAUCACUCAUACUUCUCGCGGAGAAUACGAAAUUUUCUCUCAAUUCGAAAAAGUGUCAUCAGAAUGGCAAAAAGUACAAAUGCCAUUCGUUGAAGCUGCCUUUAGGACAGAAGAUACUCUCAAGCUUGGUAACAUCAAGCCUGUUAUUAAUAUUAUUAAUGACAAUAUUAACACAUAUACACAAAUGUUCUUGAAUCCAUUCGUAGGAACAAUUAAAGACGAAAUUAUCAAAGAACUAUCAGAAUUAGAGUAUCAUUCUCAUGUUUUAGAAGCAUGGUCAGCUUUCCAAAGCAAUUGGAAUGUGUUGAGUUCAUUGUUUGCAAGUGAAGAAACAAGACAAGCUUUGCCACACCAAAACAACAGAAUUAUUUCAGUGCAAAGAAAAUGGAUUCCAAUUGGAAAACAUGCACUUAAAGAUACAAGAGUUGUUGCUGCUUGCAAUUAUCCACAAUUGCAAAGUGUAUUGGAAGAAAUGAAUCAAACUCUUGAAAGUGUUUUGUCAUCACUUGGAAAGUUCUUGGAUACAAAGAGAUCAUUAAUUCCUCGUUUGUAUUUCUUAUCAAACGAAGACAUUUUGAGUUUCUUGAGCACAAAUUCAUACGAUGUUUUAGCUCCUAUUAUUUGCAAGCUAUUCAUGGGUGUUGCCAAAUUAGAUGUCCAUGAAAAUGAUGCAUCAAGAAGUGAUCAAUCUUCUUUCUAUCACAAUAUUCAAAGACUCAAAAUUUACGGUUUGAUCGGAGAAGAUGGAAGUCAAAUCACUUUUCAGAGACAAAUCUCAUGCAACAUGCCACAAGAGAACUGGAUGAAACAACUUAUAGAUGCAAUGCGUGCAACUGUCCGUGAUUUGAUCGCUAACAACAUUGGUACAUGCGGUGGUCCACAGCUUUCUGAAUGGUUUGUUUCAUUACCAUCUUACAUUUCUUAUAUCGUCUUAAAUGCAACAUUUUGCAGAGAAAUAAGUGAAUUAGUGAAAGCAUACGAAUCUAAUCCAGAUGUUGUUGAUGACUACAAGCAGCUCUUGAAGCAGAGGAUCGAUGAUGCAGCGGCUUCUCAUAAUACAAUGUCAAAUCCAAUUCAAAGGCAUAAAGUGUCACUUUUAUUGACAUCAUUAAUUGGAUUUAGAGACAGAUUUGAGAAUUUCUUGACUCUUAAGAGUGGUGUCAAUACAACAGAGUGGCAACAGACAUUGAGAUUUGUUUAUUCCAGUACGAAUGCAUCAUUGAAACUCGAAUUUGGUGGAUUUUCAUGGGAUUUCGAAUACGAAUUUUACGGAGCAAUCCCAAGAAUCAUCCAUACUCCAGCAUUAGAUAAUGCAAUUCAUGCAACAGUUCAUUCAUUAGCUAAUGGAUACACUCCUAUUAUCAUUGGCCAUGGAUCUUGCGGAAAAACAGAGAUUUUAAGACAUCUUGCAGCUAAUUUCGGAAAAUUCCUUCACAUUUUCUAUCCUUCCACAACAGAUAAUGACAUUUUGAUCAGUAGAGUUGCAAUAGGAACAGCAGCUUCAGGAGCAUGGAGUGUCAUUUCUGAGAUUGAUACAAUGCCACACCAUGUUUUGUCUGUUCUUCAUGACACAAUUAGAAACCACGCGAGUGCAAUUGCAGCUGGAAAUUCAAGAAUCACGAUUUCACAGAAAUUCAUUGAUUUGAACAAGUCAUCGAGAUUGUUCUUGACAUCAGAUUCAAGUUAUGAAUUAUCAACAAACAUUCCACCACAGUUGAGAGCUUUCAUUAGAUCAGUUGCAAUAAGAGAUCCCGAUUACAAGAAAGUCUGUUCAAUUAAGUUAUUAAGUGCAGGAUUCCAUGAAAUUGAAGACUUUUCAAAGAAACUGUCAACUGUUGUAUCAACAAUCAUUCAGUUCUUUGCUCCAAGUGGCAUCAAAAUUGCUUACUUCAAUAUCAUUAACUUCAUCAUUUAUUUCGCUCAAAAGAAACUUCAAAUUUGCGAUACAGAAGAAAUGGCUCUUUCUUAUGCAGUUUAUCGCCAAUUCCAGCCAUUUACUGACAAAGCAAAUUACCUCAAAGUAGUCAAGCUCAUUUAUUCUGGCUUCGGAUUCGAGAUGGGAGUUGAUGAAUUCCUUAAACAACUCACUUCAUUUGAUAAUGAUUCAAGUCUUGUUUCUCAAAUCGAGAAAGAAGUCAAAUUACUUGGUAUCGACAUUCCUACUGAUUAUUUGGUUAACCAGACAUUAUCUUUGUUCAGAUCGUUAGUUGCAAACCAAAUAACUGUUGUUGUUGGUCCUCAAAACAGUGGAAAGACAACUGCUUUGAAAGUUCUACAAAACGCUUUAGGAAGAGAAGAAGAACUUGGAGAAAAGAUCGAAGGAGCCAAGAAGAUUGUUUACAGAACAAUUUAUCAUGAAAGCGAUUAUCCAUCAACAAUUUAUGGCAAAUCUAUUGAUGAUGUAACAUCAGGAUUCUCUGUUAUUGCAGGAUUAAUCAAUUCAACGUUAUUUGCAUUGACAGAAAUCACUGACAAAUGUUACAAAGUCAUGAGAUUUGUUGGUGACUUGAACAGACAUUUAAUGAAGUAUUUAGUUAAGUUCUCAAGUGAUCCUCACAACAGGAACAUCAAGAUCUUAAUAGAAACACAUUCAUUAAAUGGUAUUACUCCUUCUAUUGUUUCUAGAUCCGGAAUUCUUCAAAUGAAGAAUUUACAAACAACUGUUUCAUUCGAUCAAUGUUCAUUAGAACAUCCUUUGUUGCCUUUCUCUUUGGCAAUGCAGACAUUAUCAACUGUUGUCAAUGUAUCCAAGAUUGAUUCCAUCAAAACAGCCUAUUGCAACUAUAUUCCAUCGUUCAUCAACAAAUUGUAUUCUCUUGAUAACAAAUUCAGUUCAAGUUUGACAAGAAUUACAAUUCCUGGUGGAAAUUUAGUUCUUUCUAAUAAUUUGUCAUAUAACACAGCUCUUUUAGCUUUGUAUGCUUUCUCAGAAUACUCAGAAGAUUGUGACAACCAAGACAAUAUUAACAUGGUUUUGGGAUGGUCAUUCUUUUUGACUGUUGCUGCUUACAUCGAUAAACAACAACUCAAUAGUUUGGAAACUUUCAUUUGCUCGUCAUUGGCAAUUGAAGUUCCAAAUGAUUGGUCGAAAUUCAAAGUCGAUCCUGCUUUUGAGAAAGAUUAUCCUAUUCUAAGUUUGAGAGCAAUGCGUCCUAAUGAUUCAAAGUUACAUCCUGUUCCUCCACCUGAAGAAACAAUUGUAUAUUUGAAUGACCAAAAUAACAACAAUAACAUACCAAUAAAUCCAUCAAAUAUUGUUGUUAUUCCUUAUACAUGGAUCAAUGACAUGAAUCUCACAAAGAUGUACUUGAAAGUUGGAAAACACAUUAUAAUACAUGGUCCUCAUGGUUCAGGAAAGACAUUGUUUAUCAAAGCAGCAAUCAAAACAUCAGGAAUGUUACACAGACAAAUAUUUAUCAGCGUUACUCCAAUUUUGACAGGUGAAAAAGUUACUGCAUAUAUUAAGAAUCAUACAGCAUUGACUGCAUUAACUGUUCAACCAGAAAUCGCAAACAUCACAUUUAUUUUGGUGUUUGAAAACAUUUCUGCAAAUGAUAAAAUGCUGAUUUCUUAUUUAUCACAGAUAAUUGAUACAAAAGAAAUUCCAAUUUUCUCGAAGACGGAUCACAAAGUCUAUGAAGUCAUCAGAUUAAGGAACUUCAGAGUUGUCUUGACAACGAGUGAAUUCUAUAAUUUACCAACAGAAUUCAUCUGCAAGUUCUCUCCUGUUCAAGUUAAUGAUAUUGAUUUCAAUAGUGCCAAUUACAUCAGUUCACAAUUGUUAAAUAUCUAUGGUAUGGAUUUGAAGACAGUUACUUUUGUCUUGGAUUAUCUUUCCAAAGCUUUGAACAAGCUUGGCAAUGUUAACAUGUCAAAUUGCAUAAUUAGAGCUUCUCAAAUGAUGUGUUUCAUUGCAGACAAACAGAAUUCGAAUCAAAUAAUGAUGGGAAUGAUUUCUGCUUUGUUGCAAGUUGCCUCAAGUUCAAAUUCGAUUUCAAUGAUAUCAAGUGUAACUCAAGAAGUUUUGUCUCAAUACAAGAACCAAGAUAUCAUCAAUACUUGUUCACAAUAUCUUGAUAACCGUGUAAUUCUUGUUCCUAAGUACGAAUUGGCUCAAGAUCUUUUAACAUUCAAAGUAACAUGGGGACAUGAAUUAGAAGACAAAAUCAUUUCUGAGUUGGAUUACGCUGUUUCUGUUUUCAAUGGAAACAAUGUUCAAAAACUCAAUUUGAAAUUGGAUUUGUUCACGUUACAUGUAUGGCUUGUCCUUAAUAAUUCUAUGAAUAUUCCAGGCAGAAAUGCUGUUAUUACAGGACAAAAUGGCUCAGGAAGAUUUUCUUUGACACUUUUGACAUCGAAUACAAAUGAAGCUGAUUUUGUCAAUGUUAUUCCACCAAAUUACGAUGAAGGAAUCACUUUGCAUGAAAGAAUGGCCAACACAUCGAACAUCAUUCAUGAAAUUGUCACGAAUGCUGUGAAUAAUCACAAGAAGACAAAUAUUUUCAUCAGAGAAAUUGAAGGAAAUGAAAUCGAAUUGCAAAUGAUGAAAUCAUUUUGUACAUCAUAUGAUUUCGUUCCUUAUUUCACUGACCAACAACUUGAUGAGUUAUAUACUCAUUUCGCGAAUGUUACUAACUUAAAUCCAGAACAAAGAAGACAAACAAUGAUGAAGAUUCAGUCUGUUCUAAGUUCAUCAAUUCAUUUAAUCAUCGGAACUGAAAAUUGUGAGAAAUAUGAGUCAUCAUUUGAUGUAAUUAAACCAUUUGAUAAAGAAGAAAUUAUUAAUGGUAACAUUAUCCAGAAUUACAUCAAUGACAGAGAUCUUUCCGAGAGAGUUGUCAAAGAUAAGAGACAAACAAUUAAUUUGUUCAUGGCUACAUUAUCAGUAUUGAAGAAACUUGAGAUUAAUUACACACAAAACAAUCUCAGAGAUUUCUUGUCAACAUUCAAGAAGACAAUUACAUCAGAUGCAAAUGAUUUGGAAUCUAAACAUGAUUCAUUGGCUUCUGCUUUGCAAUUCUUGGCUGAUAUUAAAACAGACAGUGAAAACAUCAAUAACACAAUGAAAGAUAUUGCUCCAAAGAUUCAGAAACUAAGAGUUGAUACAGAUUUGCUUGAACAAUCAUAUUUAACAAGAAAAGAAGCUAUAGAAGCAAGAAGAAUCAAAUUAGAUGAAGAUAAGAAAGAUAAAGAACAAAAAUUACAAGCAACAUUAGCUAAACUAAAUGAAUUAGAACAACAAAACUCAACUCUUAAACCAGAAACAGAAAAAGCCUAUGCAAAUCUCGAACAAAUGACGAAGAAUGAAGUUGAAACAAUCUUGAUUACUAUUGGAUCUCCACAACCUCAAAUCGUUACAUUAUUUGAAGGAAUGGGAAUUCUUUUGAACUUAUCUAAACCAUAUUACGACAACUGUUUGGUUGCAUUGAAGAACGAGAAUUUCGCUUCUACAUUGAGAAAGAAUGCAAGCGAACAAUUGGCAAAUCCAAAGACAGUUGAAACAGUCAAAACAAUGAUUGAAAGUGCCAAUAUCAAUCCAAGAGAUUUGGAUAAUAUUUGUCCACAAUUAAGAUGGAUUUAUGACUGGGUAGAUUCAGUUGUUAAACAAGCAAUUCUUGAAGACAAUCUUAAGAAGACGAGAAAGAAUUAUGAAGAAGACACAAUUUUGUUGAAUGAGUUCAUUACUGAAAUGGAUCUCGAAAUUCAAUCAAUCAACCAAGUUGAAGAGAGUUUAGUUAACGAGAAACAAGAAGUUGCAGCUCAAAAUGUUGCAAGAGAAAAGAUGGAAAAGGAUUACGCAGAAAUAACAGAAAGAAAAGAAAGAAUUGACAGUUUAUCCAAAGAUAUUGAUUUAUUGCAAACUACAUGGCAAGAAUCAAAUACUAAAUAUGAAACAAAGAAGACACAAAUCUUUGGAGAUUCUUUCGCUUUCUCUUUCUAUUUAAUCUUCUGCGGAUCUUUGAAUAAAGAAAAGAGACAACAAGCGAUGACAGAGUUAACUAAACUAUUGGCCAAACAAAUGAUUCCUGUUUCAUAUGAAAAACCAAUUAAAUUCAUCAAUGACAAACUUAUUUUGUUGUCAACAGUUGAUGAUAUAGUUCAUUAUGAAACCGUUCCAUGCAAUUCAUUGAUGGCUGAUGUACAACAUUUGUUCACAACAAUAAGAACACCUUUGUUAGUUGAUCCAGAAGGAAUUGUUUUGAAUGCAAUGACAGAUUCAAUCAAGGCUAAAAGAAUCAUCAUUGUUUCAUCAACAUCUUCUUCUCUUGAAUCUUCUUUGCAAUCAGCAUUGUCUGAUGGAAAAAUACUUGUUGUUACAGAUACAUUCGAUUUACCAUCAUGUAUCGAACAAGCAAUGUUAGUCAGUUUGACUAAGGACAGAACAACAGGAAAAGACAUUAAAAUCGGUUCUAAAAUUGUUCAAUGGGAUCCGAAAUUCAAACUAAUUCUCGCUACAUCAACACUUGUUAAAGACCUUCCAGAAAGUCUGAAAUCGAGAGUUAUCAUCGUAGAUGUCACUUCAACAAGCGAAGAAGCAACAGAAGAAAUGUUCACGAAUAUGUUCAUUGACUUCUUCUUCCCAGCAUUGACACCUAAAGUUCAAGAAAUGAGGAAGAAAGAACUCAGCCAACAAUCUUUGCAUCAGAAAUUUGAAAAUGAUGUUUUGGAUACUUUGUCAGACAUUGCAGCAACGAAGAAGUUGAAUGCAAACUAUGAUUAUCUUGCAGACAAAGAUGUUAUACAAGACAUCAUCACUUCAAAGAACAAUUACUUCGAGUGCAUAAGUGCUGGAACUGAUUUCAAACCAUUAUUGAAAGAACUCAAUGAAGACAUCAAAUUGUUCAAACCUCAUAUUUCUUUGUGUCAAAUUUUCUGGCAAGUUUUGACAAGAUAUAUUGUCCCAAUCAAUCCAACAGCCAGAUCAUCAUUCAGCUCUUAUCUUAAAGUGAUUUCCGCUCCAUUUGUAACUGGCGGUUUGCAUGCAGGAAUUCCAAGUAGCGAUCAACAUUUAUUCUUAAGAAAUUCAAUCAUUUCAACCACGUUUGGUUUCAUUUUCCCAUCAAUCAAAAUCAAUGAAAUGUAUUUCUUCAUGUUUGUUUCAGCUUUCUUGAUGACAAAAGCUGAAGGAAAAGUCCAAGAUGAUGACUUCAAAUCGAUUUUGGAUCAUAUCGAAUUGGAGAGAUUCGAUACAGCUGAUUUCAAUAACUACGAUCCAAACGAUGUUGGUUCAUUUGAAGGAUUGAAAUUCACCAAUAUUCUGAGCAUUUUCAAUUACAUGAAAUCCUUCAUCAACACAACAUUUGGAGAAGGAUUUGAUCCAUUAUUGCCUCAUUUCCAAGUUGAAUCAAUUGUUUCAAACACAGGAUCAAUUCCAACAAUUAUUAUUUCUGAUCCUUUAGUUGAUCCAACAGGAAUCAUUCUUCCUUUCAUCUCUUCGAGAUGCAGACAUGAUAACUUCGAUGAAAUUUCAUUGUCUGAUGACAUUGAAUCCAUUAAAUUGGCCAGAAAGAUUGUUACAACAUCAAUGAACAGACCAAACUGGGUUUUGAUUCAUUAUUCUAAGGCGAAUAGAGCAGCAGCACAGUUGAUUACAGAUUUGUUCACGAUGAUGACAACAUCAAGUAUCAACACUAAUUUCAGGUUGAUUUUGAUUGCGACAUCAUUGGAAUUCAUUCCUCCAUCAAUUUUAUUGAGAACAAAGAGAUUCACAAUUGAUGACAGCAAUACUUUGAAGAACACGAUGCAUAAGUACUUCGGAAACUUCUCUUCCCACAUCAUGUCGAGCUCCAAUUCCCAAGGAAUCAAGAGAUUGUCAUACCUCGCUUUACUUACUUCUGCAAUUUCAUUGUUCAGGAAUUCAUUGCAACCAAACUUAGGUUACAACACGAACCUUUUGUAUCCAGAACAAAAUGUCAAAGACAUCAUCAAAGAGAUGCAUCAAAUGUGCGAUAGCUACAUUAAUGUUCUCCCAAUGAAUGUUGCUUCAUACAGAAUCUCAAGAAUUCUCUAUUCUGGAGUCAUGGACAGUUUAGAUUUCGAAAUUUGUAAGUCAAUGACUAACUACAUUUUCGAUAUCCGAGCAAUCAAUGAUGGUUACAAUUUGUCACAUGAUCCAUCACUCAAAGAUGUUUGGGCAAUGCCAGGAGACAUUCCUCUGGCUGAUUACACGAAUAUUAUUCAUAAAUUGCCAAUGUAUUGUCCUCCAUCAAUUUUCGGUGCUUCAAGUUUGGCAGCGCAUUCUUUAGUUUCUUGGAGUGUUAACCAAUGCAUGACAACUCCAUUUGCUUUGUUAUCUAAAGCAAUAAAACCAAUAGAUCUCAAAGCAACAAAAGAAACACUCAUUGCUAAAUACGAUAACAUCGAAAUGCUUCUUCCAACUGACUGUCCUUAUCCGUCUGAAAUCGCUUGGACAAUGAGAACUGAGUUUUUGGUCAGAGAAAUCACGAAACUCAACAAGAGUCUUGAGCAAAUCAGAUUAUCUCUUCGUAAAUCAAAGGCAAAUGUUAUGAAAGAUGUUUUCGAUGAAAUCACAUUUUGUUUGAACGCGAACAAAACUCCUGAAGAAUGGAAGAAAUACUCGAAUUAUUACAUCACUAAUCACGUGAACAAAUUUGCAACACACAUCAUAGAAAGACAUGCUUUGUUAACAGCUUGGUCACAAGGAGUUGUUCCGCAAACAGUUGAUGUUUCAUUAAUUGAUGAUGUUAAAGAUUUGUUGUCUUCUUUCAUCUCAGAAAUUUCAAUAAAGAACAAUAUGCCACAAGGAAAUCUCACUUACGAAUUUACUAUUGGUGGAACGGCUACAGAAAAUUCAAUUAUUUUAUCCAAACUUUAUCUUUCUUUGGCUGAUAUUGAAGAAGGAAAGAUUAUUAAAGUAGAAAACGAUUCCAAGAUUCCUUUCAAGCAUAUUCCAGAAGUAAUUUGUACUGUCAUCGACAAAGCAGAGAAAUCAUUUGUCAACAGACAAAAUAUUCCAUUGUUGAAAGUUGCAGGAGCUUCGCAGCUUGGUUUCCCUCACGGAGAUACUUAUAAUGGUCACAAUGACAAUGUUGCUUGGAUGAUGGAUAUACAAUGUGAAGAAAAGCAACCAUUUGUUGGAUUUGGAACUGCACUAUACUGCAAUGUUUCAUCUCAAUUUGUUUAA